CUUUUGAUCUUUUGUGUACACUGGCGCUGUGCGAGUAGAGGUCCUCGAGAAAGAUAACGGGUCUUCUUACCAGCCUUAGAAACUCACACACACAAAAAAAUCUCUGCUCCUCGUACUUGCUGUGCUUAUGUCGUUUACGGUUUGCGUUCUUGCGACCAGCAGCGUUGAUUCGAGGCCCGGUCCAAACGGCCUCUCGUGCACCGUCGCGAAUGGGAGCUCAGUAGCUAGCUAAAUCGACGACGGAGAUGAUGGUGCAUCAGUGGAUUUAUCCCGGUGUCUCCGACUGAGAUGGAGCCAGCGACGCUUGAGCGGAGUUGCUUGCUAGCUAGCUAGCGAGCUAACGGGUGCCCGCCGGGGUCCACUGUGCCCGAGCAGCCCGGGAUUAACGCCAGCUAAAUGGGCGCUGCUGCAAUUUUAUCGCGCGGGAUUAUUUGCAACGUUCUCCGACGUUUUCCUCCCCGUCCCCGGAUUUGAGAGAAAGCGAGAGACCCAACCAUGUCGAUUAGCAAAUUAUGCUAACGUAACGUCAAAGGUUAGCUACACGUGACACCGUUCCAUCUCGUUUUAAAACCGUUAAGACGCAUCUCUGGCCGUCCUCGGGGGCUUCAGUCACGUUCAUUUGGACGGUGCGCGUCACGAUGGCACAGCUGUUGGACGGGGCCGGCGAGCUGGGCUGGGUUCUGCUCAAGUCCGUGAUCCGCUUCGUGUUCAUGGUCUUCAACAACUGUGCGGCCAUCCCGUCCUACUGCUUGUACCUAGUGCUCCUCCAGCCGCUCAGAAUAUGGGACAGCUCCGCUUUCUGGCACAUCGAAGGAAUCAUGUUCAAGUGGCUGCUGGCCAUGGUGUCCUCGUGGGGCUGGAUCGCAGGUUACACAGUAACGGAAUGGGGUGACGAUGUACGGCCCAUCUCUGAAGAAGAAGCAAUGGUCAUCGUCAACCACCAGUCCACGGGAGACGUGUGCACCCUCAUGAUGUGCCUGCAAGACAAGGGCAUGGUGGUACAGAAAAUGAUGUGGUUGAUGGACCAUGUGUUCAAAUACACCAACUUUGGCCUAGUGUCCCUGAUCCACGGGGACUUCUUCAUCAGACAGGGUAAAGCUCACCGAGACAAGCAGCUGAUUUACCUGAAAGAUCACUUAGAGAAAUACUACCACAGCCGCAACAGGAAGUGGAUAGUGCUGUUCCCGGAGGGUGGCUUCCUGCGAAAGCGGCGGGAAACCAGCCAGUUGUUUGCCAAGAAGCACGAUCUCCCCCACUUGACCCACGUCACGUUGCCUCGUCUCGGGGCCACCCAAGUUAUCCUGAAAACCCUGUCGGCCCAGCAGGAGAACGGCAGCGUGAGCAGCGAGUCCGGGACCCCCAACCAGAGAGGUGAUAAUAAACGUAAAGGCCUGCAGUGGGUGGUAGAUGUGACCAUAGCGUACCCCAAAGCGAGACCCAUGGACAUCCAGACCUGGAUCUUUGGCUACAGACCACCUACAGUCACACAUGUACACUACAGGAUGUACCCAAUAAAAGAGGUUCCUGUGGAGGCGAAGGCCCUCACCUCCUGGCUGUACCAGAGGUUUGUGGAGAAAGAAGAGCUGCUGACCCACUUCUACGACAAAGGAUCAUUUCCCUCUCAAGACGGCCAGAAGGAGGCCGCGUCCCGACCGAUGAUCCUGGACCCCGUGUGGCUGUGCGCUAUCCAGUCGUUUGCUUUUGCCUCCGCCUACAUCUGGUACAGCGUCCUCCAGUACCUCUACUGCUGUCUAUUCUGAGCGCGCUGAUGAGGCGAGAGUCUUUAUUGGACCACUGGAAAAGCCUCAGGAUCAGUUGGUGUGUGUGUGGCCCAGCGUCAUACCUGCCCCCUACGAUGGAUGAAUGUACAUUUACAACAGUGGAGCGACUUCACAGGAACAAAAAAAAGCAAAGGAAAAAAAAAAACAUAUGAAGAACACAAACACACAGAAUGCAAAUAACAAUACCAUAGGAAACUGGUCACAGGCAUAGCAGACUGGCACACAGCCCCAACAACACACACUCACUCAAACGGCCUAGCAGAAUACUCUCGCACUCGUCACGACACACAUUUCGAUGUUUACACGUCCUCAUACACGUAGACGCUCACAGGUACACGACUUUUUAUUCAAAGUGAACAAAAUGAGGCUCAGGACACCUGCAGAGGACGCUGUGGACCGAACUCCCUCUGUUCCCCUCCGAGGCUUCAGCCGCAGUAGUUUUACAGAGUGUAAAGUGUGUAUGGGACGCGUGUGAGUGAAAAUAUAUAUAUAUAUAUAAUAUAUAUAUAUGUGUGUGUGUCUAGAAGCAUAAUGUCUGCCCUUAUUCUUCGUCCCGGCGAGAGUUGAUGAAGCCCACCGGACGUCUCUUUUCAGCCACUGACUAGCCGGCUGGCCACACCUUCCAGAGCGAGCGGCUGAAUGAACGCUGAGCCCGCCGCUCCUCUGGCCUUCAUUCCACUGAGGAUCCAGGCUGCUCCCCGUCCCAGGGAAGGUUCCUGUGUGGUAGCCGUCACCGUUUUCAUUUUCUUUCGUUCUCUUCCCUUGACCGGCAUAUCGCCACGACAACGGCCAUUGUAUUUAUUGUUGACGUCAUUUCUUUUUUUUCUUUUUGUCGAAUAUAUUUCCCGUUCGCCCCCCCGUCGUCGAGGCCGUAUUCUGAAUUCACAGAGGAAGGAGGUCCAUGUUUACACUGGCGGCCCUGCUGAAAGCCUAAAGGGAUGGCGGCAAUGAUGCGGCUCUUGAUAUGAAGAUGUGUUUCUCUGACAGGCAUUGAAGGGAGGAAAAUGAGACAACGUGCUUAUUUAAAAAAAGGUUUAAAAGAAAAAGACUGUGGCACAUAGAGCGAGAAUUGCAGUCCGAUGACCUAAAGAGUAACUCCCUCGUUGUGGAUUCCCCUUUUCGUGCUCUGCUCUCCCGACGUGCACACACAGCCAUGUGCAGCUACACACAGCAGAGUAGACAUCUGUCGCUACAGAUCAGCUCAGCGAGCCAGACUGAGAAGGCAGAGACUCCUGUUCCCCCAUUGGACUACAUAGUUUUCCAAAUAUUUAAGCCAUACGCUUAGUGUCGUCGGUUGGGAAAAAGAAAUUCAUUUUCUUUUCUUUUUUAUAGAAGGCUACCCUAAUGUUCAGCUUCUAAAAUAGACAUUUUGGCUUACAGAACUAUAGGUGUCAUUACUGUAAAUUUACAGCAUAACCUGCCUAAGUGAGUGUGCGUGUGUGUGUGGUUGCCCUCCCCCCCGUCCCCCGUCCCCCUUUUGAUAUUUAUGAUUCAUGUCGUGUUGCUCUUCGACAUCAGAGUGUGGCGGCAUUUUCCCCAGGAGUGGUCAAGUUUUAUUUCAUUUAAAUUGUCAUGAAACUGUCGUCCUCAUGUCACCGGUCUGUUUAAAUCUUGUACAUAACGAAGCUGUGGAAGAGUUUUAAUUGUUGGAAUCGACGGCAGCGUUUUUUUUCUUUCGUUCCGUGAUCAUUUCUGGAAAAUUCAGUUUUAGAUUAAAAAAAAGUCAAUGUUUUUAAAAGAAGACGAAAGCAAGGAUUUUCCCCUCAUUUCUGCGAUGACCUUGUUUUUAUUGUUGAUUUUUUUGCUGACAUCAGAGCUACUGUGCGUCCGCGUGCUGGCCGACUCCGGUUUCUAACUUGUACUGUUGUACUUUUUGUUUAAAGUCGUCAGGAUUUUAGUGGAACACCUUGAAUAUCAAGCCUUACCUGAUGUGCUGGUGGACCACGAUCCCAAAUAAUGCUGUUUGCUCCCGCCCCCUCUUGGAGAACCUUUUUGUUUUUACAGAUGGUUUCUAAGUGUGGAGCUUAAUCUGGGCCAGUGAGGAAGGGGAACUCUGGCACGGCCCUGCGAGGACGCCGCUGUUCUCUCAAACCCACUUGUGUUUUUGAGGUGCAUUUUGUUUUUGUUUUCUUAGCCUGCUUUUAAAUAGGAAAAAAAAAGAAGGGCAGCUAUUAUGGUCGUCAUAAACCAAUGCAUAAAAUGUGCAUUUCAGUAGUUUACUGCCCUCCUCGAGUCUGUUUGUUAAAACUGUGUGAAAUGAAAAACAAAGGGGCUACCUGGGAAGGUAAAAAUGUUAGUGCGCGUCCUCCAGUGGCUCUUUCAGAUUCCCCUCCACCGUGAGAGUGACUUGAAAUGAAGCUUCAUCUUUCUUUUUCUCAACCUUUUUAUUCUUUUAUUUAUUUUAAUUUUCUUUUCUUUUUUUCUGACCACGUUUCCAAAGAAGGCAGGGAAAAAAUGUUUUCCUAGAUGUUUUAGGAAAUAAACACUAGGGAUUUAAAGAAAUUAUACUAGAGCUGUCUGUAAUUUUCCAUUUUGUACUUCUCCUUUAAUUCCUAGCUACACAGCCAUUUUACAACACAAAAGACGUGCUGGAAUAAAACAUCAUAAAGAAGCC